AUGGCUGUGAUCAAGGACGCCUUACCGUACAUCCUUCCUACACUUACGCAAAUUGUUAAUUGUUCCCUGGAAACAGGUGUUUUCCCAACAGCCUGGAAGAAAGCAGAGGUUAUCCCACUUCUGAAGGAAGGGGAUUAUGAAAUUCCGAAUAAUAAUCGGCCCGUGUCGUUGUUAGUGGCUGCAUCUAAGAUCUGUGAACGCGUGGUAUUGAAACAGCUAACAGAGUAUAUGACAAAGAAGAAAAAAUUUACUAAACAUCAAAGUGGAAAUAGGAAGUUACAUUCAACCGAAACAUUAAACAUAUUCAUCUCAGGUUUAAUUCUCCAGUCCAUGGAUCGUAGAGAAGUGACUGCUUUACUCUUACUGGACUUGUCUAAAGCUUUUGAUAGCUUAGAUCAUUUCAUUCUGCUAAGAAAACUUUCGAAUAUUGGAAUCUCGAAGCCUGCGUUGUUUUGGUUUAAAAGCUAUUUGACAGGCAGGUGCCAAUCAGUACGUAUUGCGUCAGUGUUGUCUGAUGAAUGUGAAAUAACUCGCGGUGUUCCGCAGGGAUCGAUACUGGGUCCGGUGUUAUUUAAUAUAUAUAUAUCAACGACUUGCCUGGUGUACCCAAGGAGUCCAAUUUGGAGUCGUACGUGGAUGACUCAAAAAUAUAUUUAG